AACUAAAAAAACAAAGAAGGCACCUGUUCCUCCAACCAAGGAAGAGAAGCCCAAAGUAACGAUUUUUGAAGAGGAAGUAGAUCCACAUGAAGGACUCUUUGGCCCAGAAAAAGAUUUCUCAUCAAUUGGUGCCAGGAAGAAGCUGAAAGAUAAUGUGAAGUUAUUUGAAGCUCCAGACCUUGGUGGGGUGGUCAGACUGGGUGACUCGCUGCUGCUGCCAGCUGCCUGCAAGGACAGGGACUAUGUCCUGAGCACAGGUCCUGAGGAGGACACUGAGGAACUGCUGAGAGUUGAAGAUGAUUUUGAGAAGCUCUUGAAAGUAACCUCCAGACCAAAACCUAAGAUACCACCCAAACCACCACUGCCUCAGAAGCCAGCAGUUGCCCCCAGGAGCACUGACUCAUCUCCACUGGCAGAGCCAAAGGAAAACAGGAUUCAGGCAAUGAGUGAAGUGGACAUUCUCCAGUAUAUCCAGGAAAAUGAGUCUAACAGUGAAGACACAAGUCUUUUUUGA